AUGGCCACGUUGUCGCCCGGGUCCCCCGCGCCGGGCGCGCGUGCAGAGAGCGAUGCAGAAUUAAGCAUCGUGUCCGAAACUACUACGCAUACGGCGUCUGCACGCCGUUUCGACAAGCGCCUUGCGCAAAUGAAAGAUCAUCACCUCCAUGCACUCCACGCGAUCCGGCACUUUUUGCGCACGCGCAGCAGCUACGACGUGCUGCCUGUCUCGUUCCGGCUGGUCGUACUGGAUACGAAGCUGACGAUCAAGUCGGCGCUCGAUGUCAUGUGCCAGGCCGGCGUCGUGUCCGCCCCCCUUUGGCGCUCAACGCUGUCGGACGACGAAGGGGCGCCGGCGCGCCGCCCCUCGAACGAGAAUUACAGCAGCCGUGCGGAUGGCCGCCCCGGAUUCUCUGGCAUGAUCACUGUGAACGAUAUCAUCCAUCUCAUCCAAUACUACUACCACACCGCGACCAACUAUGACUCGGCGAGCCUCGACGUGGAGACGCUGCGUCUCGAGCGCCUGCGCGAGAUCGAGCAGACGCUCAAUGUCCCGCCGCCGCCGCUGCUGUGGAUUGGUCCCCUGCGCUCGCUCGCCGAGGCGGGCGAGGUGCUCGUCCGGACACACGCCCGCCGUAUCCCGUUGCUGGACUACGACGAGGACCUCGGCGUGGAGACGGUGGUGAGCGUUCUUACGCAGUACCGCCUGCUCAAGUUCAUCGCGAUGAACUGCCGCGAGACGGCGGGUUUGCGUGCGAGCAUUGGGUCGCUGGGCAUUGGCACCUACACCCACAACCAUCUCCAGCAGCGCCGGAAACGCACGCCGCUCGCGCGCUUGAAAAUGGGCAAGGAGCCCCCCGCGGAUGCCGGCCCCUACUGGCCGCUGCAGACCGCGACACUGGACACGCCCGUGUCGGAUAUCGUGCACAUCUUUUCGCAAAAAGGGAUCAGUGCGGUGCCGAUUCUCGACGAGGCCGGCGACGUGGUCGAUCUGUACGAGUCGGUGGACGUCAUCACGCUCGUGCGCACCGGCGCGUACUACCAGCUCGACCUGACCAUCAAGCAGGCGCUCGAGCGGCGACCGGCGGACUACCUCGGCGUCGCGUGCUGCACGUCGGACGACUCGCUGGCCGAUAUCUUUGCAAUGCUCAAGAAGCGCCGCGUGCACCGCAUGCUGGUGCUGGACCCCGAGGCAGAGCCGGCGGCGCUCGCCACGCCGCUCGAAGACCCCGCGGACCGCCGCGACUCGGACACGACCGACUUUGGCGAGCCGCCCACGCGCCCGAAAGGGCGCCUCGUCGGCCUCUUGUGGGCCGCUGCCGCUGCCGACGCCGCUCACGUCGCAGGCGACGUCGCCGACGUCGGCCUCUUCGUCGAUCCUCACAUCGCCGAAACUCGGGCGUGA